UACAAUUAAAUGUAAAAACAUUUAGAAGCAGCUUUACACAUUUUAAGUACAGUUUGUGAGUACAUUUUUGAGAGUUAGAUCUGCACUUUGGUCGUCAGUUAUUUUUUAUUAUAACAUCUAUUUCUCAGGAGAAGAAAGAAUUGCUUGUAAAGACCCUUCCCUCGAUUGCUUCUGGUGCUGUGGAAAACAACGAUUUCAUCUCUCUUCAAGUCCUCCUAGAACAAAUGGAUGUCAAUUCUGGAGGCUACGAUAAAAAAACCCCUCUCCAUACAGCCUGUCAGGUGGGAAAUGGGGAAAUGGUAAUGUUCCUACUGGACAAUGGGGCUUCAUCUCAGUCCGAGGACAGGACAAUGUCAAAGGACAAAGGACCUCAGUCUGGACAAUGCCCAAUGUACUCGGCCAUUAAGAACAGGCAUUUUACAGUAAUCAAGCUCCUGCGGUUGAAAGGAUUCACUGUGAACCUACUGCCAGUGAGAAUUGCCAUGGAAAUGAUCCAAGCAGUACAGAAGAGAGAUUAUCCACUACUGCAUGCCUGUUUUCGUCAGGUGUGA